UGGCCUGCAGCUCCCCCCGUCAGCUGAGCAGCGAUGAUCCAGAUCAAAAACCGCAUGAGAUACAGCUCUGUGGGCAUCUCCGCCGCCAGGCUGUUCUCCUCCGGAGCCGCCAAGAACCCGCUGGUGUUUGUGGACAUCGAGGCGGACGGUGAGCCUCUGGGGAGAAUCACCAUUGAGCUGAAUGCAGAUGUUGUGCCAAAAACUGCAGAGAACUUCAGAGCGCUGUGCACUGGAGAACAUGGCUUUGGAUACAAGGGAUCAGUGUUCCACAGAGUCAUACCUGAGUUCAUGUGUCAGGGAGGAGAUUUCACCAACCACAACGGCACAGGAGGCAAAUCUAUUUAUGGGAAAACAUUCAAAGAUGAAAACUUCAAAUUGAAACACACGGGUCCAGGAACGCUUUCAAUGGCAAAUUCAGGCCCAAACACCAACGGCUCACAGUUCUUCAUCAGCACCACUAAAACUGAAUGGCUUGAUGGUAAACAUGUGGUGUUCGGGCAGGUGAAGGACGGUAUGGAUGUAGUCACCAAGAUGGAAUCCUUUGGUUUACACGAUGGCGGUGUGAUCAAGAAAAUUGUCAUCACUGACUGUGGGGAGAUCAAAUGACACCAAAGACCAUUCACAGACUUCUGCUGGAUGACUCAGUACGCAACACUUUGGUAUUUACUUCAUCACCGUUUCCUUAUUCAUGAGACUUUUAAGGAGGGACUGUCCCAGGUGAUUCUGGUCUUUACUAAAAUGUGCAGUUUUUACGGUUGAUUUGAUGUUGAGGGGAUUUAUCAUUUCACGCUCCAAGUCAGGUAUGAAAUGUUUAUAUUGUAUCUGUGUGUGAGAGAAAAGAAGUCUUUACUUGGCCAAUCUACUUUGUGUCCAAGUGCUCAGCCAUUUACUGUAUAAAAUUAUUGUGCAGUUAAUCUCCAUUUACUGCCAAAUAAAUGACAAUUUUCAUAUUUUA